AUGUCAUGGGGGCUGUCAGGAAAAAAAUCAGCACUAAAUAAAAACGUAGCAUUUCAGGGAGAGAUCACUAAACAGGCACAGGUUGCAAAGCCUCAGCUAUUCACUGAAGGCUCAGUGCCAAAGAGCCUCAUUCCCUCUGCCAUUCACUUUGGAGAAUGAAUAAAUUCAGGCAAAUCAGGAGCGGGGCAAAUCUGGAGAAAUUACAAAGGGGAGGAGUUCACCUUCCUGCUAUGGCUUUCAGGUCUGUCCUGGAGUACUUACUCCAGUAUAAAACUGAGAGCAGAAAUAUGAUCACAUCCUGAGGAGUCUAAUCAAUUCUGGUCCCAACACUGAGCCUGUUUAAAUCAGAGAAUGGAAUUGCUGUUCCUUGCUCUGUUCUCUCUGCACAUUCUCAGGACAGAGGCAGUAGUGGGGAGCCACUGGUGUUACCGGUCCCAGAAGUGUGAACAGCCGGAGUGUGAAGAUCCUCACCAAUGGCACCUGACAGAUCCUGCCUGCAAAGGGGACAGGCAGUCCCCCAUCAACAUCGUCACCAGAAACGUCGUUUAUGACAGGAGCCUCAAGCCUCUGACUUUUGAGGGGUAUGAUGGGAAGGGGUCUUCAAAGUGGAAAGUGGAAAAUAAUGGACAUACAGUUAAGGUAACACUGGAUGCAUCCCCCAAAGUUGGAGGUGGAGGUCUGGCAAGGAAAUACAAGGCAGUGGAAUUCCAUUUGCACUGGGGGGUCCCAAGCAUGCAGCCGAGCAGCCCAGGAGUGCAGCAAUACAUCCCUGGCUCAGAGCACAGCAUAGAUGGAGAGAAACAUGCUAUGGAGCUGCACCUCGUCCACAUCAGAGAAGAUGUUCCAAACGUAGCAGAAGCCAAGAAGUACAAGGAUGGUUUGGCUGUGCUGGCCUUCUUUAUAAAGGUUGACAAGGAAAAUAAAAAUUACGCAACUCUACUGAAUGAGUUAGAGAAUAUCCAAUACAAAGGGCUAUCAGCACAGAUCGAUCCUUUGCCGCUCACUUCCCUUCUCCCGCCCAAGGAAGAGCUUGGGAGGUACUACCGGUAUGAGGGCUCCCUCACCACCCCUGACUGCUUCGAGGGUGUCAUCUGGACAAUAUUUGAGAAGCCAAUUGAACUCAGUCUUCCCCAGCUCUCCCACUUUGCAGCUCUGCACUUCGAUGGGAAGAAUUCAACCCCCAUGAUUGAAAAUUUCCGGCCCGUCCAGCCCCUGCACACGCGCAAGGUGUCCUGGUCCAGCGCCAGCACCGUCCUGCCCCCGGCAAAGCUCCUGCUGCUGCUCCUCACGCUCACCUUCUUCCUCAGCUCUCCUUCCCAGUGAACAUUUCUCACCUCAGUCAACAUUCUGCUCUUCUUUUUUUUUUUUUUCCCCUUUUUUUUGGUUAUUCUCGCUGUUGUUGGCUCUUUGUAUCGAGUAGCCUCUCUAAUUACCAGCUCGUGACUCGUAUCUCGGUGCAGGAUGUCACCUUGUCCUCCUCCAGGCAUUGGCCAGGGACUGUGCUGCUCUUACAGAAAAUGAGACCCGUUGCACUAAGCCACCAGAACCCAAAGGAACUCUAAGAUAAAGCUGUGGAGCUUCACUUUUAAAAUAAACCAACCCCAAACACUUAGAGGUAACCUUAGGAUGGAUUAGGAUGGAUUAUCUGCACACCUGUAGUUUUAACACACCACUGGAAGGACACUUGACAAGGUGCACAGAGGACCUUCAAGAGGAACCUGUUCCUAAGUGCCUGUGAAGGGGGUUGUUUGGAGGAUGUUUACACUCAAAUCUGGCAGUCAUUCCUCCAAUCCCACACUGUCCUCCCUGCAGGCACAACACAGAGCAGAG